GGGACGCGGGGCCGCCCGCCUCACCAUGGUGCUGCCGCCGCCCGACAAGCGCCACGUCUGCCUGACCACCAUCGUCAUCAUGACCAGCAUGGCCUUCAUGGACGCCUACCUGGUGGAGCAGAACCAGGGGCCCCGCAAGAUCGGCGUCUGCAUCAUCGUGCUGGUGGGGGACAUCUGCUUCCUCAUCGUGCUGCGCUACGUGGCCGUGUGGGUGGGCGCCGAGGUUAAGACGGCCAAGCGGGGCUACGCCAUGAUCCUGUGGUUCCUCUACAUCUUUGUGCUGGAGAUCAAGCUGUAUUUCAUUUUUCAGAAUUACAAAGCAGACAAGAAGAACCUGGAGACUGUGGCCAGGAAAGCUCUGACCCUACUGCUCUCCAUCUGCGUGCCGGGGCUCUAUCUGGUGCUGGUGGCCUUGGACAGCAUGGAGUACAUACGGACCUUUCGGAAGAAAGAGGACUUGCGGGGACGCCUUUUCUGGGUGGCUCUUGACCUGCUGGACAUCUUGGACAUCCAGGCCAACCUGUGGGAGCCGCACAGGACCGGCCUGCCCAUCUGGGCGGAGGGGCUCAUGUUCUUCUACUGCUACAUACUCCUCCUGAUCCUGCCUUGCGUGUCCCUCAGUGAGAUCAGCAUGCAAGGGGAGCACAUUGCCCCGCAAAAAAUGAUGCUCUACCCUGUCCUCAGCCUGGUCACCAUCAACAUCGUCACCAUCUUCAUCCGGGCCAUCAACAUGAUCUUGUUCCAGGACAGCAGGGUCUCCACCAUCUUUAUCGGCAAGAACAUCAUUGCCAUCGCCACCAAGGCGUGCACCUUCCUGGAGUACAAGCGGCAGGUGAAGGAGUUCCCGCAGAACGCCAUCGCCCUGGAGCUACAGCAGAACUCCCUCUCGCACAACCAGACCAUCCACAGCGCACAGGGCAUCCCCCACGAGCCGUCGCCCACCAGCGAGAUCCUGGACACAUGAGGGGCCCCCCAGCCCGGCGUUGGUUCAGACGGCCCCGUGCCCAGCAGAAGAGGGAUGAUGCUGCUUUCCUGCUGCCCGGUGCAAGCACGACAGACAAAUCCCGGCAGUGAGGGCUCUCCUAGGCACACAAACACCAACCGUGUUCUGAUUGAGCUACAGAGUGUACUCUAGACGUCUUCAUCUCAGGUAUAACCCUAGAAGUCCUCCAGACAAACCAAAUGGACUUGCAAAGGACCUGAACCAGCUGACCCUCUCUCCCUCUCCCGCCGGCAUCCCCCCUCCCGAGCAAAGACCGCUAAGGUUGCAGUGUCCCUUUUUACUCCCCGAGCACCUCACCUUUAGUCUAAGCCUGGAUUGAAGAUUUUGUUACUGGAGACCUUUUUACGGAGUUGGGGCAAGGGCAUAGGGGUGCGGAUUGGGGUGGGGAGGGUGGGACGUUUGAAGCAGUAAACCCUGUGAUCGUCGAUGUCUCUUAUCUCCAAUGGUUGUGUUUACAGUUUCCUAUUUAUAUCGGCUCCGGGGGCUCUCAGGCUGCCCUGUGGGUCAGUGAUCUUGUGGUGGGCGAGAGCAGGGAGCCCUGCAGUGGGGAGCAGGGCUGGGGCCAGGGUGACUGCCCGAGGGGGGCUGAGCCUCCAUCAGUGCCCUGCACCGACUCUGCCGGGAGCAAUAUCUGAUGAGCUAAAGCUAAUCUAAUGCUGGUGUUUCAUGUAUUUCAUUCACUCCCAACGACUCAGCACAAUAUUUCUAUUUUUAGAUGGGUCUCUCUCUCUCUCUCUCUCUCUCCCCCUGCCAUCGAGAGCCUCCCUGACUGCAGCAGCCUGAGCAGCCUCCCCAGCCCCCCGGCACUGCUACUGGCAGGCACGGGCACCCAGGGGGGAUCAGGAGCAAGGAUGGAGAUGAUGCAUUUCACUCUGGCAUCAAGGGUUUAUAAAGAGGGCUGCUUGCCACAGCUACUAUAUUUUUAAAAUAAAUAUUGAAGAAGAAAAAAAAAAGAAAAAAAAAAAAGAAAAAAAAAAAAGAAAAAACCAAAACAACAAACCCCAAAAAAGAGCUGUGAAGAAUGUGCUGCCCCGGGCAGGUGGCUGGGAUGGGGCUGGGCUGAACUGGGAAGGAUAUGCUGCCCCGGGCAGGCGGAUGGGCUCGUGAGUGAGCUGGGCUGGGAUCUCCUCUGCAAGCGUGUGUGGUGAUGAGGGGCUCAGCCACAGGCAGCAGGGUGGGAGGUGACGGUCAGCCAGACAAUAAAAGCCCCAUGAGAGCAACGGCUUCUGGUGGUCUCUUUUCUGCCAGUGUGGGGAGGGUGAGGCUCAGCUCUCAUACAGCUCAAAUCACUUGUCUCCCCUUCUGUCCACCUCCCCUGGACUCCCAAGUGCCACCCCAAGGUUCUGUGCCCUGCACUCACUGGGCAGUGGGCCCAGAAAGGAAAUAAAUCAUUUUUCCAGCCGCAGUGCUGCCCCAGGGCUGAAUGCGUCUCAGCUGCCUGACCCUGGGGGGAGGCACAAGGAGACAAGCAGAAAACAUGCAUCUCAGACAUGCUGAAAUGGGAUAUUUUUGCUUUUUCUAAACAAAAUGUUGCAUUUUGAGGAGAUGGAAUAAAAUUCCUGGUGCUGUUUACAUUUCUCUUCCACAUUUUCCCCUAGCUCUGCUUACCAAAUUUGACCUAAAUCCACAAAUCAUUUCAGUCUCCAUCUUCUCAGCUCAUCACAAUCUGUCCAAAACAUUUCAACCAUCCCUGAUCCAGACUUCCAAUUUUAGGGCCAGGCAAUCGCAGUCUUGCUUGGCCACCCUGUCACACAGGGAUAACUCUAAUGUUAAUUAAAUCCACUGAGAAAUAAAACAGUAUCUUUGCCAACAAAAGUGAGUUUGCAACAGAUAUGGCCAAAUGGAAAAGUUUCUUCCUCCUCUCCCUCAGGAAACAUGAGACGAAGUGGGCAGGUGAUUGAAAAGGUAUUAGCAGAAAUUAAUUAAAUUGCUAAAUUAUUCUGGAAUACCUAUGGAAUUAUACAUUACAUCUCUUCUGAUGCCUUUAAAAUACAUGCAAUUAGCAUCAGUUCAAUUAACUCCCAAGUAUCUAAUAACAUUCUGCUGCUCUUUUAAGUAAUUAAUUUAUGAGCUUUUGUAUUAUGGUUCUUCCCCAGAACUGAGCAGAGGAAAACCUUCAGGGAAACCUCUGGCAUGGUGCUGUGAGCCCUGGGGUGCCAGCUGAGGCAUCAGACUGAGCCCUGAUGCACAGAUCUUGUCUUGGAUCCUGGGGAUAAAAUCAGUGAUCUGGUGGGUUACUCUUGAUGGGUUGGGUGUAUUUUUGUUCUGUUUCACCCCAAUAGCUGGCUCUGCAUCCUUCCCUUAUACUGGAAUAUGUUAACGUUCCCUUGAGCCUGAUCUGUCGCUAAGGUUGCUUGGGGGUGUCUGGCUGUGCUCCCUGAAAGCAGCCUGCAUGGGAAGCGAGUAUCGCUUUAUCCUCCUGGUCCCAUAACUUCCAAGAAGGUUUAGGAGACCCCACAAGUUUUUCUUGAGCUUGCAAGACCCUGCCCUUCCACUGCUGGCGUGAGAUUCUUGUCUUUAUAGAGUGGGGCAUCCCUGUGGAAGGGCUGCAUUAGGAGCUGGGGCAGUAGCAGAGGCCCUGGAGGUGGUAUUCACCUGGGAUGCAGUGCACCACAUCAUUCCCAGAAAGCCACGAGUGCUUCCCUCUGGUGAAGGGAGGGAGAAGAGGCUUUUCUCAUCUUCUGCUGUUCAUGAUCCCCAGGGCUCUGUGUGCAUCACGUUCUGGGGAGCAGGGAGAGGUGAGCUAGUAGGGAAAGAAGGAUGUCUGCAAGCAGAGGGGACAGCCAGAGUAAAGCCCUUGGGGCGUGGAGACAGCGCAGCAAGGGCAGCGCUGCAGCUGUUCCUGCCCACUGCUUGGCGAGGGGGGUGCCUCUUCCCCAAAAUCCAGCGCAGGCAGGACCCCCGGGAGCCACGGGACCAGCAGGAGGGAUGGCACAGUGGCUGGGCAGGGUGGCUGGCUCCCAGCCGAGCUGGUUGUUAGGGGAAGGUGAUGUUUUGCUCUGGGCAAUGAGAACUAAAGGAAACAAUUAAAACUAAAUAGGCUGGAACCGAGCAAUUUUUCAGCUUUCCACCGAGAAGAAAUGGAGCUCCUUUGUGAACAGUGAAAUCCUCCUGGCGAGCUGUAGAAUCCCACCUGAUGAAGCCGCACAACUAAAAUGCAGAAGGGAUGCAAAUUCCCUGUGCUCCAGUGGAAAAUCCGUGGGGGUGGUGUCCCUUGCUGCCAUCAGAACCAGGCCACCAGCACAAGGCAGCCCAUGCCCUUGGCAGGGAAGGCUGGUGGUGCUCUGGGGACCCAGCUGGUGCUGCCCUACCUAUUACCAACCCACUGGUCAGUGCUGAGGCUACAGCUCCUUCUAAGUGACAAGCUGUGGAGGAGCCAGGUUCACCCUGUAGCUUGCAGGGCACAUCAGAGUCAUGGCACCCCCUGGAGAUGCAAAACCUGAGCCCCUCAGAGCCUUUCUGCCAGGCUGGUCCCAAGGGUCAGCAAACUGCCCCGGUCCUGCACAGGCACAGAGGAUCUGAUAUCACCUGCUGGCCAGUGGCAAAGGGCUGGGCAGUACCCACCCAUGUCCCAGGCACUGUGGGACUGCAAAACAGGAGCUUCCAAAUGGAGCAAAGCAAGCCAUGAAGGCUAUUUGAACGCAUCAAGCCCAGAAAAAUGCCCCCGGGUCCUGUCCCCUGUCCAAAAUUUGGGUGAAGUGGUAGCAAUGGGCAUGAACUGCUGCAUGCCUGACACCAUUUGGACCCAACUCCUGUGCCCCAACAGCCUCGUGGUACCUGCAGUACCUCCUCACUGCCUUGGGCUGAGCCCCAGGUUUGUACCCUCCUGGGAGCUCCCGUCCAGCCCACUGCAGCCCCAGCCUCUUGCUGCUGUAUUCAGCUGUGUGCCUGGGAGGGUGCUGAGCGGGGCUCGAGCUGUAGCUGUUCUUUCCCAGGGUGCUGGCGGCUCUCACACGUCCUGCUUGUCCUCACCUCCUUUUGGCAGGUGAAAAUCUCUGAUGCUGCAGUCUCUGUGCAGGGCUGGAGGAGGGUUCACUCACUGAGCUGAAAGCGCCCCUCGGUUCUGCUGCCAGAUUCUCCAUGUGAGCAUGGCUCUGGUGACUUUGUAGGGCUCAAAAGGGCUUGGGAGGAGUUGGGAGAAGAAAUGCACCCACCAGGGCCAUGCAGCACGAGGGUGGACCCUCUGCAUGGUGCAGGUCCAUGCAGUGUCACCUGGAACCAUACAUAAAUAAGGGAUUGGGUUUUUUUUUCCUUUGGAUCAUUCUGGGUUGAUUCAAUGAGCAGAGACAGACUGAACUUUCAUGCCAAUAACUGUUUUCCUCCCACCUGCCCCAGAUUUGCUUCACUCUUUUAGCUCAGGCCGAUGCUGCAACAGAAAACACAGGGCAGGUGUCCAAACCACCCUGACAGCAAUUCCCAUCCUCCUAAAUUCCUCCUGAGCAGGAACUGUAGCAAAAGUUUGAGUUUCACACCAAUUUAAUCCUAGCUGAAUGCCCUGAAUUCUUCAGUUGUGUCUGGUUUUUUUGGGUCUGGCAUCCUUGAAGAACAAUAUCCAUUUAAAUUGCUGAU